AUGCGUUUUCUAAUUUUGCUUACUCUGAUUUUUAGUUUUUCGAAUGCUCUCAAUAUUCUGUUCUAUCAAGCAGUUAUCGGACCAUCCCAUAUAGCGUAUUUGAGAACAACCAUCAAGAAAUUGUUGGAUAGAGGACAUACCGUUGAUGUGGUUUUUGCUGUCUAUAAUGAAAUGACCAACCUGGAAUUGAGUCCAGAAGUUAGGCGUGUAUACUACAACAGACAUGCAGAUCCGGAUUAUUGGAAAAAGAAUGCAAAUCAUUUUUCGAAUAUGUUCGAAAAGCCAUCGACACCAAUCGGAGAGUUUGAAAUAUACCACGAGUCUGGGUACCAGUUGUGUAGAAUUGCAAUCAAUGAUAACGAGCUCUUUGAUUUCUUGAAAACGGGAGAAUAUGAUAUUGGAUUUAGCAGUGAUUAUGAUCCAUGUGGCAAUAUUUUAAUGACUGCUGCUAAAAUUCCUUCCAUAGGAAGUUUAAUGGCCACUCCUAUUUUCUAUCCUCAAAUUGUUAGUGCUGGCCUUCCUACUGUUGCAAGCGUAUUCGGAACUCCUUUCUUCCCUGAAAAUGACGGAUCUCUUUAUCAUAAAACAUUCAGUCUUCUCAGGCUGACAUAUUAUCAUUACGUUAUUGCACCAAACCUUGAACAGAAAUAUAACCAACUGAUUCGGCAAAGAUUUGGUAAUGUGUUUCCAGAUGUUUCAAAAAUAGAGCGAGAUCUCGAUAUUGUCUUUGUCAAUAGUCACGAUUUUCUUGAAACGCAGAGACCGAUGAGUCCCAAAAUCAAAUACAUUGGAGGAAUGGCAAUCAGAGAAGCAAAGAAUCUUCCAGAAGAAUUCGAUAGAUUACUGUCUGUUCCAGCAUCUGCAUGCGUUCUUUUCUCAUUUGGAACGCAAGUUCCGACUCAUAAAAUGCCUUUCCAAAUUAGAAAAAACUUUGUGGAAGCUUUCAAAAAGUUUCCCAAUGUCACAUUUCUCUGGAAGUAUGAUAACAUGGAAUUGGACACUGAAAUUUUUGAAGGCGUCGAUAAUGUUCAUCGUUUGGAAUGGCUUCCACAAACUGAACUGCUACAUGACGAUAGAGUGAAACUGUUCAUCAGUCAUAUGGGUUUGAAUUCUUAUUUGGAAACAGCUACUGCCGGAAAACCAGUUUUGGCAAUUCCUUUGUUUGCUGAUCAACAAAACAAUGCUCAAAAUGCUAAAAACCGAGAAAUGGGACUUCUUCUAGACAGAGAUCAGCUAACAGUUCGCAAAAUUGAAUCAACAUUACGAGAACUCCUAGAGAACCCGAAAUAUCUUUCAAAUGCAAAAUCUAUCUCAAAAAUGAUACUAGAACAACCCGAAAAGCCAACAGAGAAAUUUAUUAAAUGGCUUGAAUUCGCUGCUCGAAAUCCCGGAUUGAACAAAGUCUUCCGAAUGCCAGGAUCUGAUUUGAGUCCGUUUUAUUACUAUUGUGGAGAUAUUUUAAUGAUUUUAAUUUUCAUUACUUUUAUGGUGUUUCAGUUUUUCCUCAAACAAGUUUCAGCUUUCACUCGAAAAAUUAAAACUGAUUGA